UGGCGUCCAAUCGACAGUACACUGCUCUGUUUUUUCAAGACAUCUCGAUGAGGAACUCGAUGUUAUUUUAUUUGAAUUGGGCCUCAUUAAUGUUCUAGACCAGGGUUAGGUAAAAUGUGUGACGUAUACUCGAAUGAGGUUCAAGUUAGAACGGGUUUGUUCUCGUCUCUGACCAAGCAUGCAACUCAGUCAAGUUCGAGCAUAGGGUGACGAUUUGACGAAUGCAUUAAGUUUAGAUGCAGCAGCAUAUCGCCGUGUAGAUAAGACACCUGUUUAUUGCGAGAACGCUUUCGCUUUAAUUGUGUUUCGACUCUUUCGCCGGGGAACUGUCAUGUCACCGUGAGAACGACGUUCUUUUUGUUUCUGGGUUUCGAUAGUAACUUGCAUGCACGCUUGUGCAAUAAUGGAGAAGGAUUGCGGUAGAGACGAUCAAAAGCAAGACGUCAAGACAGAGGUGUGUUUUGAAAGGACAUGUUCAGCACUAACUGUGGAUGAUGUAUACGAAAUAGCUAAAUUGAUUGGCUCGGAAGUGGAAACACUUAUUGACGGCUACGGUAAAGAGAGCGCCACAGGACUGGUGCCUAAAAUUGUCAAAGUUCUAGAACUUUUGGAGAGCUUCGCAUCGCGGAACCAUGCACACAAGUCAAAAGAAGAAGACUUACUUAAAGCGUUCGAAACACUUAAUGUACAGAAACAGAAGAAGACGAGAAAUGUGAAAGAAUGCGAAGAAAGCAAGAACGAAAUACAACGGGAGGUGCAGGAGGAGGUGGAGAAGCAGAAGAGGAGGUGCGAGGAGCUGCAGGCCCAGGUAUUGCAUCUACAGAUGGAGAAUCAGGAGUUACAGAGCUGCCUGAGGGGCAACCAUGUCCAGGAAGACCGUGUCCAACGGCAGGAGCGGGAGGUGAUGCUGAAACUGAAGGAGGUGGUUGACAAGCAGAGAGAUGAGUUGAGGGCCAAAGCACAGCAGAUAGCCAGCGUGUCUAAAGAGGUGGAGGCGCUGCAGGAGCAGUUGGAGCGCUUCAUGAAGAUGAAUGGGGAGCUGAGACACAAGCAGAGCAUCGUUACGGCCCAGGUGAAGAAUGCUGUGGAGAGGAAGGCUGACAUGGAGGCAGACCUCCGAGAGAAACAGAAAGAGAUAGAACGCCUCACCACCCAGCUGGAAAAGGCCAACGCUGCUGCUGGCACGGCCAAUCCGUGUAAGACAGAAGUGGACCUGACUGACAAGCUGGUGAUAGACCUGAAAGAUCCCAACAGACCCUGUUUCACCAAGCAGGAGGUCAGAGAGAUGCUGACAGAGAGGAACGAGCUCAAAGCCAACCUGUUCCUGGUGCAGGAGGAACUCUCCUACUACCAGAGGGAGAUCCUGAAUGAUGAGCGGUGUCCAGGAUUCUUGCUGGACGCUGUACGUUCUGCAAUAAAGAAACAGAAAACUGUCAUCAAGGCCAAGAUGUUGGGCAUGCCAGAGGACGAAUGCAGCAGUGAUGAGGAGAAAGGACCCCUGUUUGAGAGGAGAGCAGACACAGAAACCGAGACAGAUAGCACUGACAGCAAACCACAAGAGUCUCGCAUCAGGAACCUCUUUGGCUUCCUGACGCGCUCCGGCAGCAACCACAGCAGCCGUAGUCCCAGUGAAAACAACGCUGCUUCUUCCUGGGAAAUCAUCGACGACACUGACAACACUGCGGAGACAGAAYCCCGACAAUCACCAUAACAACCCUCAACACCCGUCCAACUACACUUGUCCUCCAUUCUGUUCAGUUUUCACAGGAUGUUUCAUACUGGUUAGGUCUCCACAGCAGCCCUAAGAAAGGAAGAGCCUUCUCUCAUGCCUUCCUUCUUUAUUUGUUAUUACCCCUCGUUCGUGCUCUGUAUACCUUCCUCUUCCUCUCUCUUUCUCUCCCUCUGUUUCUCUCAGGAAUAGGUUCAGAAUGGUGAAAUGGCCAACUGUACACUUUGCAUUGACAAUAACUGUGCAGGACAUUAUUAAGAGGGACUUUUUUUAACGGAUAGUGCUUUUGUAAUUGUUUUAGUAUUUGUAUUCAACAUUAUAGUGAUGUGUAUUGGUAUGUAACCAUCUACAACAAAUCUCUGAAGCAAAUUUGUAUUGAGAUAUUUUAACAAAUAUUUUUAGCCAAAGAUACCAAGAUAUAUAUAUUUUUAAAAUAAAUUUUAGCCCCUUUUCUCCCCAAUAAUCGCUAG